AUGCAAAAUCAUACUCUUCAAACUCUCCAUGAUUACUAUAACUACAACAACCCAAUCUAUUUUAAAUAAAGAGAACCUUCAACUCCAUAAUUUUCGAAAAAGUAUUUUAUGAGAUUAGAGGAGAAAAAAUAAUUUCGAAUUAAAAGGUCCAAAGCUGAUCUUUUGGAUAAAAUUCUUUUAUAAUAGCAAUAGUUAACCUCUUCUUUUAAGCCUUGGUCAAUUCCUAGAAAUCUUGAAAAUAAUGAAACUAAUCAAAGAAAAGAUCAAAGUGAUAUUAGAUUUGUGUCAAUAAAUAAUCUGCGAAUUAGAUGUCUCAUCAACAGUUCUGCGUAAUCUUAAACUUAUAAGGAGAUUAAUUAAAAUAAAUACUCAGCUGAUAAAAGAUUCAGAACUUCCCCAGGCUUGAAAAAAAUAGUAAAUAAUCAAAGUUAAGCAAAAACAUUUAGUCUUAAUCAUAUUGUGAAUCGAAAUUUAUAGUAAAGUUUAUACUCAUCAUUGACAUUUAAGUAGAGUUUAGAUGAUAUAUCUCCUUGGUGA